CUCACACACUAUUUAGAUCUCUUUCUCUCUCUGACUCUCUCUUAAAACUCAAAACCAAAGACUCCACUGAAAAAUUCCUCUUCUCUCUCUAAACAUCUCCAUUACAUAGCACAAAGCUUUUAUCAAAUGGGUUCAACUGAAGCCGACUUCGAUCGUAGAGCAUCUAACAACCAGUCGAGUUUCGGGUUAGGGGAAUAUGCAUUUGCAAAUACUGAAAACCUAGAUCAUUGUGCAAAGUAUUUGAAUCAAACACUCGUUACAUUUGGAUUUCCUGCUUCCCUUGAUCUCUUUGCAAAUGAUCCAAUCUCAAUUGCUCGUACUUGCAAUUGUAUGUAUUCACUUCUUCAACAAAGACAACGUGAUAUCGAUUUCCGGGAAUCUACUAAUGAGCAGAGACAGAGGCUGCUAUCUGACAUGUCGAGAUUAGAAGCCAAAGUUGAAAGGCUUGAGGCGCAAGUAGCAGUGAAAGAUCGAGAGUUGGCUACACUAACCAGAAAGGAAGCUAAAGCUGCUGCUACCUUCAAGGCCCAAAUUGAUAAGUUGCAGCAGGAGCGAGAUGAAUUUCAGCGGAUGGUCAUUGGUAAUCAGCAAGUUCGAACUCAACAGAUACAUGAAACGAAGAAAAAAGAGAAGGAGUACAUAAAGCUGCAGGAGAGGUUAAACCAAGUUCUUAUGGAGAAAAAGAAGGAGUCAAAAUCGGGCAUGGAGAUAAUGAAUUUGCUUCAGAAAGAAGGGCGUCAACGUGGGACUUGGAACGGAAAGAAGGCUGACAGCGACUUUUAUAAAAUGAUUGUGGAUGCUUAUGAGGUGAAGAAGAAAGAGCUUAUGGCCGAGAAUGCUGACUUGAGGGCUUUAUUACGUUCAAUGCAGAUGGAUAUGCGGGAGUUCUUGAAUGCUCCAAAUGGGUUAUCUAAACAAACUUUGGCUGGCAAUGAAAGACUUGAUGCUGAUCCACCGCAGUCUCCAUUGGGUGGUACAACGGAUGUCUUUGACCUACCAUUUCCCAUGGCUAGAAAUCAAAUUGAAGAGAGCCUGCGAACUAAAAUGACUUCCAUAAAGGAGCGGAUGGUUCAACUGCAAGAUGCACAAAAAGGAGCAGAUGUCACGUCAGAGGCAAGUGAGAGGGAACUUGAACUUGAAGCUCAGCUCGUUGAGGCGAGGAGCAUUAUCCAGGAGCAGAUGCAGGCUUCGGUAAUGUCCAAGCAUCUGUCCAAAUCUGAGAGGCCGAGACGAAUGAAUGACCAUUUAGAUUCUGGCAGGGAGUUAAUCCUUUCAACACCAGCUAAGGGAGUCUAGAAACAUGAGUAGAGGUUUCUUCAGAAGCCCUGAGAGUCCGUCAUGCCAACAAAGAACUAAGCUUGUAAACUUCUGUAAACUUACUCUGAUUGAUAGCACUAAUUAAGGUCUCCUUGACCUUUGCGACAGGCAUUGUAGGAUAAUUAGCGUACUGUAUUAUGAGAUUAUUUGUUAUCGAACUCAAAACUGCUCUUUUAUUGAAAUUAGUUGUUUAUAUGAGAGUUUGUAUUUGCAUCC